CCGGGCCCCCAAGGCCUCCCCAUCAUCGGCAACAUGCUCGACAUGGCCGACACCGACAAGAUGAUGACCCUCGCCAAAGACUGGGCCGAUCAAUACGGCGACGUCUUCUACACCAAGGUCGGCCUCCAGUACUUCAUCUGGCUCUCCUCCCCCACCGCCGUCAAAGACCUCAUGGACAAGCGCGGCUCCAUCUACUCCUCCCGCGCAGCCAGCCCCAUGAUCAACAUGGUCUCCAACCAAGAACGCCUCAACUUCCUCCCUUACGGCGAAAAGUGGCGGACCCUCCGCAACAUCCUUCACUCAGCUCUCAACCUAGAGACGUCUACCUCGUACAAGCCCGUCCAGGACUUUGAAUCCAAACAAGCCCUCUGGGAGAUUCUCCACGCAAAGGACGACACCGAGUUCAGCGACAUCAACCGCAGAUACUCAACCAGCACCAUCAUGACCAUCACGUACGGCCAGCGUGUGCCGCAUCUCAGCGACCCCCUAUACCAGGACAUUCUCAAAAUCGUCCGCCACUUCUCCCUCGCCACGGCUCCAGGUGGCUGGAUGAUUGACACGCUGCCCAUGUUAGCAGACAUUGUGCCCGAGUGGCUGCUGCAAAACUGGAAGACGGUGGCCAGACAAUGGUACGAGGAGGACUCGCGGAUCUACCUCCGUAUGUACCACAAGCUCAUGAACGACAUCGAGAACGGCACCGCGCCGGACUGUUUCCUCAAAGACAUGGCAAGGGAGAAGAUUGAAAAGAGCCUCAUAUCGGAUGUCACGGCCGCCUUUGCCGCGGGAGCGCUGAUCGAAGCCGGGAGCGAUGCAACAACGACGGCCCUCAACAACGUCAUCUUAGCCUGCCUCUUAUAUCCAGAAGUCGUUGCUGGCGCCCACGAAGAGCUCGACAGAGUGGUAGGAAGCGACCGCAUGCCCGACUUCAGCGACGAGCCCAACCUGCCCUACAUCCGCGGCAUCGCCAAAGAAACACUCCGCUGGCGCGCCUCGACCAAGAUUGGAACAUGCCAUUCCACCACCCAAGACGACUGGUACAAGGGCUUCUUCAUCCCCAAAGGCGCCGUCAUUGUCCUCAACUGGUGGGCCAUCCACAUGGACGAAUCCCGCUGGAAAGACCCCCAGCGCUUCGACCCAACCCGCUACAUCGCCGACCCCCUCACCGAAGCCGAGUCCAUGGCCCAGGCCGACGCCACCCUCCGCGACCACUUCACCUUUGGCGCCGGCCGCCGCAACUGCCCCGGCGUCCACAUCGCGCACAACUCCCUCUUCAUCAACAUUGCCCGCCUCUUCUGGGCCUUUAACAUCUCCAAGUCGGUCGACGCCGAGGGGAACGCGAUUGAGCCGUCGACGGAGGCGCAGCCCGGGUUCUUGCUGACGCCGGUCAAGUUCCCCUGCAGGCUGGAGGCGAGGAGCGAGAAGCAUGCGGCCAUCAUUGAGCGGACUUGGGAGGAGGCGCAGAGG